AUGUCGGUCGGCUCGCAGGGCACGUCGGAGAAUUGGGAAGGGAGGGAUCAGAGACAUGUGCCUAUGUCCACUCGGGAGGUAGCAACGCCUGGAAACAGACCCGGCCUGUUUACGACCCUGCACGACAGAGGGAAAGUGGCCAAACAACCAGAUUUCUAUGAUCCUUAUUUCCCGCUCAAGUAUCUUGAGGUACCCAAAUCGGAUCAUAUUUACAAGAGGGCCCAUUAUGGAUUACAGUCUGGAAUUGCUGAUGAAGUCGAUUUCGCGCUCUAUCAUCUCGUGCAGAUUUCUAAUCAGCGGUGGGACAAAUUCAAGUUCGAGGGCUUCCCUCUGCUUGCGGAGAACCUCAUGGAAAAGGCCUUGGAUAUCUCCCUGGUCACAACCGGCGUGAAGUGGAAGCCUCGGUAUGAUUUUCGGCAAUCUACCGACCGCGUCAAUGUGUUGAACUCUUUACACGGCACACGGGAUCUCUUGGAGAAGAUCAAGCAAAUACCCGUCACCUUGCCCCAAGAUACCCUCGAGACGUACGAGUUCAAUCAUCAACUUCGCAACAUCAAAGAAGCCACCUUGGUUUUGCGAAACAUGGUGCUCCUGAAAGAGAAUGCAUACUAUGUAUCGCGGUACGCCAACGGACUGUUACGGGAUUUUCUGGUCAUUAUGAUCAACAUGCCCAAUCAGCCUCGUCUUAACGAGAUCAAAAAUGAUGCUUUGGACAUUGCGGAAGAGGUCACUAAGUUUAUGAAAACAGACCCAGAGGACCCGCUUUGGAUCUCGCUUCUCAACUGCCUCGAAUCGCCCGAUCGUGCGCAUGUGGUUCGUGCGCUUUGGGCCCUCACCCAUUUCUCGACCGAGUUGGAUGAGCCUGAGGCCAACCGGGCAAUGGAACGGAUACCAAAGGAGACUCUGCAGCAACUAUACUUCCACACUCUUCUGGAUAUGGACAAAGACAUUUUGAGCGGUGCGCUGGACUUUUGGUACCAGUAUACGCUCUCUUCCGAAAAUGUUGAAACGCUCAUUGAAGUGUUCAAUCUACCCACAGUCUUCGUCCCCCGAAUGGUUGCAUUGUUGACGCAUGAAGGUCGACCCAGCAAGAAAGAAACCGUGUUGCAGGAAGAGAAGGUUGCGCCGCCCCCGUCGGAGAUUCCUCGAGUCCCAUCCGAGCUUAUGAAAGACUUGAUGGAGUUAUCAGAACCUGAGCGCAGCUCGCGCUGGCUCCGGUGCUGCUUUAUCGAAGAUCUUGAUUGUGAGAUUACUCAGAUUGCGCUGUGGCAGGCAUACCAGAGUAGAUUUGCCGAUCCUCGGCUUCCUGGUGGUGGUGUUCUCCCUGCAGCGGAAUUCAUCAAGAAUGUGAGUACCACCUUCACCAACGCGCAGGCUCAAGUGAUCAACGGUCCUGGCGCUGCCACCAAAUUCAUCAUCAAAGGCAUCCGACCCCUGGAGACUGCCCACACGUUCCAGGGCUUUCCUUAUCUGUACUGCAAAUGGGCAGAUAAUGCCACCCCGACCAAGACGUGCCAGCGCGCAUUCCCCAGUCCUACGGAUCUUCGUCACCACGUCUUCACAGAACAUAUGAAUCUUAAGCCGACGGAAACUCCGGGACACUACAAUUUGGACAAUGCGGAGUCGGCGGUCCACACUUGUCAAUGGGAUAACUGUACCAAGUUCCGCUCAUCGGGGCCCAGUGCUAACACUGCGAUGGUCGCCGGCCACGUUUCCGCGCACUUACCCGAGGAACGUCCCGCGGAUGCAGAGCCAUCGAGCUCGAAACGCGCAGUGCUGCAGGAGCGCAUUGUCCGUAAAUGGUAUUACCUGGAUACGCCGGUCAACGAGAGGGGCGAGCCCUUCGGCGUGGCCUACAAGGCAGCGUUGGUCCUGCGGAAUCUGGCCCGGAAUCUUCCUACGGGGAUUGCCUCACAGUAUGACGGGCUGCCGUGGAAGAAAGCGGUUUUCCUCAGUCACCGGCCGAAGAUCAUCGAAGCAUGGGACCGGAAUCGGUCAUUACGCAAGGAACUUACCGAGCUGAUAAUGGUAAUAGAGAAGGAGGAUUACUACUAA